GGAAUAAGCGUAGCAAUGUCACAAGAGGAUGAUUUGGGACUAUUUUGCCUUUUAUUUGUUAAAUCCCAUUUAUUUUUAAUGCUUUUAUGUGACACUCCCCCCGUUGCGCCCCACAGCCGAGGCUCGGCGAUCGACGCGCUCUGCGCUCGGUAGGUUGGAUGCGCUCGGCGCUCGAUGGGCGCAUGCGCGCUGCUGGUUGUACGGAGCAUAAGGUGAAGGGGAAAGAUGGCGGCGCCCGGCGGUGGUGUGGAGGCGGAGGAGGAUGCGGCGGACCUGGUCUUCGGGAGGCUGGAGGAGGAAGCGCGGCGGCGGCAGGAGAGGCUGCGGGCUCUGAGGCAGCGCACGCUGCAGAAUAAGGACAGCGGUGAAUGUGAGAACAAGCGUCCUAGAGAAGAUGAAGAAGAGGAGACUGUCAAGCACAAGGAGCUCAAACUACGAAACUACGAUCCUGAAGAUGAGGAGCUUAAGAAGAGGAAGAUGCCGCCAGCCAAGCCAGCCUCAGUGGAAGACAAGGUGAAGGACCAGCUGGAGGCUGCCAAGCCAGAGCCCAUCAUCGAUGAGGUGGAUUUGGCAAACCUGGCCCCCAGGAAACCAGACUGGGAUUUGAAGCGAGAUGUAGCCAAGAAACUGGAGAAGCUGGAGAAGAGGACGCAGAGAGCCAUUGCUGAGCUAAUAAGAGAGCGGUUGAAAGGGCAGGAGGAGGAGCUGGCAUCUGCUGUUGGGUCAGCAAAGCAGGAGGGAAGUGACUCUGACUGAGGAGGUCCAUCAGGCAGCGUCGGGCUUGGGAUCUGCCAGCGAUGCUGAUCCUGUUGCUCUCGGGUAGAGGCACCUUGUUGGGACAUGCUGCUCACCAGCCCUUAGAGUGCCAGAGCCAUGACCAUUUCCCGGAGAACUGGUUCUCCUCUUCCUGAACAAAGAUGCCUUUUUCAAGGUGCUUCUUUCUGUGGAAGAGCUGGUGUUAACUGCCAGCUGGGGAACAAAGAGGUGUCUUCUCUAGAGAGCUGGCUGUGUGUAUUUGGGAGCAUCCAUGGUCAGACCCAACAUGUGCAGGAUAUCUCUCGUGGAAGUGGCUGAGUGGCUUCGGACCCAAUCGCUGCUUGAUGUUAAUUUACGAUCUGUUCCUUGAAGUUUCCUGACCCUCCUGGGCGGUGCAGUGUGUCUCUGUAGAUACACCACUUCUGUAUGUUUUGUAAUUGACAAAGUUUGUUGUUAACAAAUCUUUUAAUAAUAAAACAGUCCCACAGUGGAAGAAGUUGUCACU